GUUUUAAGUACUACUGAUCAAGUCAAUAACUCGUCGACGAUUAAAUCCGCACACUCCAGCCCGUCCGACUACCUCACACAAAGACCCACGCUCCGCCGUUUCCCAUACUUCCCACGACGUGAACUUCAAGAUGGGCGAGCCCUCGAACGGAGAGGCUCCGAAGGCGAUGUAUACCGCGUCCUUUGCAUUCUUCGAGGCGCUCUGGGAUGCUGGCGUAACGCAUUGCUUCGUCAAUCUUGGAUCCGACCACCCGAGCAUCAUCGAGGCCAUGGUGAAAGGAAAGAGAGACAAGGGAGACAAGUUUCCCAGGAUCAUCACGUGCCCUAACGAAAUGGUGGCGCUUUCCAUGGCCGAUGGCUACGCACGUGUCACGAACCGGCCCCAAUGUGUCAUUGUCCAUGUAGACGUGGGUACGCAAGCCCUCGGCCAAGCGGUGCACAACGCAUCCUGUGGCCGUGCACCUGUCUUGAUUUUUGCGGGACUAUCUCCUUCUACCAUCGAGGGCGAGUACCGCGGCUCCCGGACGGAAUAUAUCCACUGGAUCCAGGAUGUGCCAGAUCAAAAGGCCAUCGUGGCACAGUAUUGUCGGUACACGGGAGAAAUCAAGCGAGGCAAAAACGUCAAACAGAUGGUCAACCGGGCGCUCAGUUUCGCCACGAGUGAGCCUCGUGGUCCGGUGUAUCUGUAUGGCACGAGGGAGGCCAUGGAAGAAGACAUUGAACCCUAUGAGAUCAAUCAAGAGCACUGGGGCCCUGCUGAACUGGGAGCAUUGACGCCGAAACAGCUCGCGAAUGUUGCCCAGACCUUGGUUGAUGCAGAGGGGCCUUUGCUCAUCACCGGCUACUCCGGACGAAAUCAUGCGUGCCCGCAGGCGCUGGUCGAGCUGGCCGAUACUGUCAGAGGACUAAGAGUUCUCGAUACUGGGGGCUGCGACAUGAGCUUUCCUGCAAAUCAUCCGGCAUGGCUUGGCAUGAGACAUGGCGUCGACGAAUCCAUAAAAACCGCCGACGUGAUUAUCGUUCUGGACUGCGACGUUCCCUUUAUCCUCACGCAGUGCCGACCGAAGGCCUCGGCGAAGAUCAUUCAUAUUGACGUUGAUGCGCUGAAGCAGCAGAUGCCAGUCCACUACAUCAACGCAAUGGCCAAGUACCGAGUCGAUGCCGAGACUGCGAUCAGACAGAUCACCAGCCACAUCAAGGACCAGUUCUCGUCCAAAGUUACCAGCCAAGUCUUCGACGAGCGCUGGUCGAAGCUACAGCAGACCUACCGGCAACGUCUAGAGAAGAUUUCCAAAGAAGCGCAGCCUGGCGAAGAUGGCAUGUUUGGGACGUCGUGCUUGGUGAGCCACGUGAGGAAGGCGUGUCCGCCGGACACAAUCUUCGUGGUGGAGGCCGUCACCAACGCCGUCUUCACAUCCGACCAAGUGCAAGCAACUAUUCCCGGUUCGUGGAUCAACUGCGGGGGUGGAGGGCUUGGGUGGUCUGGUGGGGGAGCUAUGGGCGUGAAGCUCGCCACCGACUUUCAACAUGGAGGUGCUGGCAAAGGCAAGUUCGUGUGCCAUAUUGUCGGCGACGGCACGUAUCUGUUCAGCGUGCCGAGUUCGGUGUACUGGAUUGCGCAGAGAUACAACAUUCCUAUCCUGACAAUUGUCUUGAACAAUGAAGGUUGGAAUGCGCCUCGAAAGUCCCUCGAGCUGGUGCAUCCGACGGGCGAAGGGUCAAAGGUCGACAACAAGGCACUCAACAUCUCCUUUGCCCCGACGCCCGACUAUGCCGGCAUUGCCAAAGCGGCGUCAGGAGGACAGUGCUGGGCGGCGUAUGCUGAUACUGUUGGCGAUCUCGAGCGACUGUUGCCGCAGGCCAUUGGCGCCGUUCAAGGAGGAGUUUCCGCUGUGCUGGAUGCGCAUCUUGGAGGUCCGCAAGGGAAGUUUGGAGGCGGCAAGGCGGCCUUGGUUGGGUAGAGAUCUUCACAGUGCGGUACAUCAUGUCCAGCCCGUGUCAUGCAGUAAUGGUACGUUGAGCUUGCUGCCUGAGGCCGAGAUUGUGAAACGGCAAGGCGACGCCAGGGCGGCAGAUCAGGGUCCAGGGCAAUGUGUGGAACGCUGAACGCCAGGCGACCGAUAGGAAAUGGCGAUUGCCUGGCCCGCGUGCAAAACCCCC